CGAGAAACGCGGGUGAUGCGUUUCGCCGUGUCAGAGAUACAAAUCUCACACGCCGGAACUCGUUUACUUCACCGCCUUCGUUUGCUCUUCUUUCCUCCUCCAAACUUCUCACCGCAUCGCCUAUCGCCUGCUAUAAGGGAUAUGUCUUCAGCGCAAGAUCCAUUCUACAUAGUUAAAGAAGAGAUCCAAGAUUCUAUUGAUAAGUUGCAAUCAGCAUUCCACAAAUGGGAGCGUAUCUCUCCUGGCAUGGGGGAUCAAGUCCAUGCCACCAAAGAGCUUCUUGCUAACUGUGGAAGCAUCGAGUGGCAGGUAGAUGAGCUGGAAAAAGCGAUUACCGUUGCAGCAAAAGAUCCUGCCUUGUAUGGCAUUGAUGAUGCUGAGCUUGAACGACGCAGGAGAUGGACUAGUAAUGCUAGGACGCAGGUGCGGAAUGUCAAGACGGGUGUUCUAGCUGGUAAGGGUAAUGCCGGGACUGGUAAUGCAAGUGAAGUGCGCCUGGAACUAAUGAGAAUGCCAAACUCGACUGAAGCAAAUAGAUACGAUCAGUAUGGAGGGAGAGACGAUGAUGGUUUUGUACAGUCAGAAUCAGAUAGGCAGAUGCUGUUGAUAAAGCAACAAGACGAAGAAUUGGAUGAGCUGAGUAAAAGUGUAGAGAGAAUUGGAGGGGUGGGGCUUACUAUACAUGAUGAACUUGUUGCACAGGAGAGAAUAAUAGAUGAAUUGGGUACAGAGAUGGACAGUACAAAGAACAGGCUUGAUUUUGUUCAGAAAAAAGUGGGAAUGGUUAUGAAGAAAGCAGGAGCGAAAGGGCAGAUGAUGAUGAUAUGUUUCUUGCUCGUCUUGUUCAUCAUCCUAUUCGUUCUUGUCUUCUUGACCUAAAAAAAAGCUGGAUCCUUAACUUAGAGACGGUCACUUGAUGUUACUCUGUUAUGUUCUGUGGUGAAACAGAAAGGAACAUAUAUUAUUGCAUAAAAAGUUGUCUGGUUUGUCAUUGUAUCAUAGCCACGCCAACUCUGGUGAUUCUUUUGAGAUUGAAGUCUAUUUUUUAUUUUGGCUA